CUUCUUUCCACCCCUUCUCCUUGCUCCGUUUGUUUGUUUGUUGGUUGGGUGUGCACUCUCCUCCCGCCCCUCCGCCCCUAUCUGCUAAGACAACAACACGCCUACACGCUUCGACCCUUUGAAACUGCGCAGCAGCCAACAACCCACAACCAUGGGACAGGAUCAGAGCAUGCCAAGCAGCACAAGUGCUGUGACUGCACAGGAGUUUGUCGAGGCCAUGACAGGCCAGAAGCUUGCUGACGAGAUGGGCUUUGCAGACUUUGACCCCAUGGAUUUGAUCCCAGGCGUGACAGAGUUUACACCAGAUCAAGUCUCCAAGCUCGACACCUUCCUGACGGACGAGCUCAAGUCACUGCGUGGGGUCUUGCGGGAGCUGAGCAAGAACCGCAACAGCGGAUUCCUCACGCAGUUCCAAAACAUUAAGGCGGGCUUGACCAACCCUGCGGAUGCGUCUCGGGCACGUGGCAAUGAACCCCUCAACCGAUACGCCAACAUUGUCGCCUACGAUCACUCACGGGUCACCGUCUCUGGCAACCAGUACAACCUCAACAACGACUACGUCAACGCCAACUGGAUCCCUGGCAAGAGCGGUCCUCGCCACUACAUCGCCUCGCAGGGACCCGUCCCCGACGCUUUUCCAUCGUUCUGGCAGAUGGUGUGGGAGAACCAAGUCUCUGUGAUUGUCAUGGUCACCAACGAGGUGGAAAACGGCAAGCUCAAGUGCCACAGAUACUGGCCCGAGCCCAUGCAGGGCACAUCCGCGGCGAUCCAGUGCGGUGGUUUUGAGGUCACAUUUGUUGGCCAAGACGUGCUGCCAACGUUCGUGCUGCGCACGUUCUCUGUGAAGCAAGCCAGCAAUGGCGAGACGCGUGAAGUCGUGCAGUUUGCAUACACGGGUUGGCCAGAUCACGGCGUGCCUGCCACCACAAAAGAAAUGAUCAACUUCAGGCGCCGUGUCAAGGAGGAGCACCUGAAGCGCAAGGGCCCAUUGCUCACUCACUGCAGUGCCGGUGUUGGUCGCACCGGCACCUUCAUUGGACUGGAUCGCUACCUCGACGCAUGCCUUUCCUGCCAGAAGCAGACCAUCCUGGGCAUCGUCGAGGAUAUGCGCCACCACCGCAACUUCAUGGUGCAGUCGCCGAUCCAAUUCGUGUUCCUGUACCUGGCGUGUCUCGACGGCCUGGAGCGCAUGCAGAAGAUCACAACCAAGGCGAAGCGCUAUCUGACGUUGACGGCAGAUGAGCGGCGCCAAGAAGAGCUCGCGGAAGUCACCGCUGCUUUGGAGCAGGGCGAGAAAGCCCUCAACACGUGGAAGCUGCGUGAGAAGCGUCAGGUCCCAGCUGCUGGCGAGAUCUUCAAGAACUCGGAUGACCCCUCAGGCAAGACUGGCUACUUUGACCCUGAAGCACCCACACUCAAGCGCCGCAUGGAAGCUCUCAACCAAUCGCGAGUGACCUGGAACAAAGAGCUGUCAGACGCACAGGCCCGCUGGCAGAAGGAGCGGGGCGAGAAUGGCGAGGUGUACAACAUUGAGGAGACCAUGGCACCAAUGCAGUCACGCUUGGCGGCGCUGGCUGAGGCACAGGCAGCCUUCCAGCAACGUGCAACAGGGGACGCCCAGCUGGUUGAGCUGAAGGACAACAUUGCAUCUGUGCAGAACCGUCUUGAGAGCUUGUGCGUGUUUGUGUAUGGCGAGUCAUGGAAGAAGCGCGGGCAUGGCUUCCGUGGCAAGGGUUCGGACGCCCCUGUGCGGUCGCACACCACGGAAAUGCUUGGAACACUCCAGAACCGCCUUGAAAUGCUGGCUCGUGACACCACGUCAUGGCUCGACAGGGAGUUCCAUGCAUAUCAGCCAUACACGGGCCCAGACACGUUUCAGCAAGAGGUGCAGGAGCAGCGCGCACUGCAGGAGAAGGUGAUGAAGCAGCGCAUGCAGGAGCAGCAAGAGCGCGAGCAGCGCGCGCAGCAGGCCCAACAAGACAAAGAGCGCAUGGCAGCCGAGGCAAAGGCACGCGAGGAGGCCGAGCGCAAGGAGCGUGAGCAGCGCGAGCAGGUGAAGGAGAUGUUUGCCAAGGUGCCCGACAUCCCGCUUUCCGCAAACUACGACCCGGCCAAGGCGCGCGCGGAGAAGCAGCGCCUUGCUGAGCUGGAGCUGAAGAAGCAGCAGGAGCAAGAGGCCGCUGCCAAGGCUGCGGAGGAAGCCGAGCGCCUUAAGCUCGAGGAGAAGGAGGCCAAGAAGGAAAAGGCCAAGAAGAAGGCCUCCCGCUUCCUUGGGCGUCUGCGCAAGUAAGCAGCCACUACCAUGCUGUCCCCAUUCCGGUACACACGUGCAUUGCUGCAUUGGAAGUGAUUCUGAUUGGAUCUUGGAAGAGCCGUCCUUGAAUGAAGACCUUGAAGUGUGAUAGUGUUUUGCGUUUGCUUUCUGCUGAUUGCUCGCUCUUGCUUUUGCUCUGAACAACAACAAACAACAAUCGAGCAAGGAAGCAAAAUCAUAACAACCACACGCAAUCAUCGUCUCGCGGUUG